AUCCUUAAAGAAUUGUUUCACACUUCAGCACUAUUGAUUUUAAAUUCCAUCUUUUCAUUUAUUUUAUGUAUUAUUCAUGUUUGAAAUUUUCAAUAUGUAAUGUCAUAUGUCUUUGACUAUCCGUGGUUCGGUUGCUUAACAACGCGAUAUACCUGUUAAGGUGUGCUGACAAUUUCAUCCAGGAUCAGCAACCUCUAUGCGACAAAGUUGUGCACGAUGAAGAAAAUGGCGGGUCUGUAUACCCCGCUUUGUCUACUGAUUGUUGUUUCAUGGACAUAUCUUGUUGACUGUGCCCCUCCGGCAGAACUUUCACUUGAUGUCAAUCUUGUUUCUGCAUUUGAUGCUGUUGAAGUAUACAUUGGUGGUAUGACAAAAAUGGAGGUCAAAGUAGCAUUUCCGGUAGGAACGACAAAUGCCGUUAGUAUAGAGCUUUUGCCAUCUACAAACGUAACCAUUAUGGCAUUAGGUGAAAUAACAGUUACUGAUGCAGAUACAGCAUAUGUCACAAAGACUGGUUCCAGUGCAAUAGUCCGGCACAUUACUGAUGAAACAUUAGGACAAAAUGUACAACUGUCGACUCGUGCUGUGAUUGAUUUAGGAGACGUUACUGGCAUUAACAAUGGUGGAAAUGAGGCCGACUAUACUUAUAUAAUCCAGUUUGAAUCGUUUGUUGUGUCAACAGACGGACUGACGGACAAUGAGACACACUGGGUCAGUGCAGGCGUUGAGUAUGACAACAGUAAUAGUAUCUGGGUAGGACAGAUUGCCCACUACAUCAGAACCGCAACACUGGACAAUGGGAAGUCAGCAACCUUUUCCAUGGAAAAUGUGACAGAAAUAAAGAGAAUGUCUUUAACCCCAGUUGCAUUUGAGGCGUGGGUACCAUACCCGAACUCAUUUAUAGCAGUCGAAGCUAUAUCACUGUCAACAACGAACGACCAUCUCCGUGUUGUGUCAUUGAAAUGUAUUGUAAGCGGAGCAACGACCAAUUACGAAUUCUACGACACUACUAGCACCACAACAUUCUUGAACUAUCCUCUGCUUCAGGCUUAUGGAGCCGACUGCACAGCAGAUCCAGGUGGAGCACGAAGACUCAGAGUACAGCUUGGAAAUAUACCGAACAGGGGAUCACGAUUACCUGCCGCAGCUGGUGAAGUAGAUAAAAUAAAAUUUGAAGCAAUGGUACACAUGAAAUCAACCGCUAUCCUGUCAGAUGAAUAUCCAUUUGGCGUUGGAGUAGAGAUAGACGGAUCUGAGGUCUGGGUAGCAACAAUGAACGUCACUGCCAUUCAAGAAGACCCGAUUGAUUUCCCUCUAGACAGCUUUACAGCUGUUGGCGGCACAACAAAGAGUGUCGGAGAGGGUUUUCUCGCUACGGCUUCUGUAACCUUUGAACAGAGAGGACUUGUUUCAGUUAUUUAUAAAGUUCAGUCGUCCAAAAAUGGGGGAGGAACAUCCGGUAUUAUGAUAUCACAGGCAUAUGUUGAAAGUUCUGGGACAAACGUUGAAUGCGGUUCUGUCACAACAACAUACGAUUCAUCUGAAGUAAAUGGAAUUGUGGACAUUGCAUAUGUAAACAUUACAGCAGCUAAUCAUGGAGCUAAUUCAAGUGACCCGAAUGAAGACAAGAUAAAUAUCAAUGUCGCCAUGGUCGGAGGUAUUGGCUACGCAGUAGACGGUGGUGUUUACGACGUCGACAUAUCUAUACAUGAUCCAAACGCUGGAGGGCAUACAAGUAAACUAACUUACACUAUGAGCGGAACUGUUACAUAUGACACCAACACUAACCACACUUUUGAAUUGACGAGCGAUUGUGGCGAGAACCAGGUCAUCACGGAAGGUUCAACCUUUGACCUACUAUUGACAAUCACCACAGAAAGAGGGUCGAAUCCAGAAAGCCUACAAAUUGAGUUUCCUAUUCCAGCUAAUGUUACUGAUGGAACGUUUGCUGUCUGUGGAAUUGAAGUAGUAAAGAUGGGGAAGAACUUGGUAUGCUUCAAUCCUGUCCAGCUUGUUGAUAGUGCCAAUAAAACAACUCUUAGUGAUGGUACUUAUGAGUAUGUUGCUAUGAACAUGCAGCCUGCAUGUAAUAUGCUCAUAUUUGACGACGAAGAAGAAGAUAAAUUGGUACUGCGAAUCAAGUCAAGAUUUAAGGAAGGAGUUAAUAUAACAAGAUUAGAGGAAUAUUGGUUCGGAAUUGGUUCUAAGUACACAUCCACACAAAUAUGGGUAGCUCAGUAUCCGCUCUAUGGACAGCCUAUAUACGACUUUGAGGGUCCAGCUAUCAUCACGCAUGUUAACAUUCUGAACAAUAUCAACGACAACUCCACAUUCCCAGGAAAUUACUCCAUCUCAAGAAGUUUUGACGGUACUAGCUUCGAUACACUUCCAAUUGAGGUUAAUGCACCAGUGGACAAUGGAACUCAUUCUAUAUAUACAUUACAAAGCCCAUUGAUGGCAAAAAAGGCAGGUCUAAUGACAGAAAACUGUAAUUCCAUGUGUGGCGUUGAUUACGACUUUACUUAUGUUUCACUCAAAGACUAUAUUGACAUAUUUGGAGACGACAGCGAGCAAUUGAUAAACGAUAUGGUGAAUGUUUUUGACAACUCUUCUAGUACAUGCAUGAAUCUUCCUGUACAGGGAAACACUCCUCCAGUCUUUUGGGCCAGGAUCAAUACCACCAUCCUAAACAUCGACCUACAGAGUUUUACAAUUACUGUAGAGGGCGAUGGAAUAUCAUGUGUUCGUCAUGGAGCAGACAAGGUCCUGCAGGUAUCAAUUUCUUACCCUGUGACAUCUUCUGUGGGUCGCUUCCAUGGUGAUGUUAAAUUCUGCAAGAAUACAAGUAGCACCACUGGUUCGCCUAACACAUGUACAUACACUUGUAUGUGUCCAAAUACGGCUGAGUGCUCCGAGAUCAUCAUAUUUCUUGCAAAUACUAACAGUGGAGGACUUGGACCGUCAUGGAGUCUGUGUGGACUGACUGCAGAAAACAUAUAAUGAUUGAAGGAGACAAGGAAAAAGGAAUGAUACAAUUUUUUUCAAGAAUGAUGAAAAACUUUUAAUUGAAAUUUGAAAGAAAAGAUUUUUUUAAAUUUAUUUUAGAUAUUGUAUUCUCUGUUUUAAUGUUGCUUUUGUAAAAGUAAACACAUGUUAGGAAAACUGGUAGUGAAAGCAACUGUAUUUUAUAGUAACUCUUAUUUCGUUUAAUCUACUAUGUUCUGAUAAGUUAUGAAAACUAUUUUGUCGGAAUAAUUUUGGUCAUUUUUAUGCUAGUGAAAAAAAUAAUAAAUAGAUAUUCUAAAAUUAGUCUUCAUCAGCUAUGUUCAAUAUAUAGAUUUUGUGUUUAAGGUGCAGUUUCGUAUAUGUAUAAACAUACUCUAUCUUAUUUUACUAAAUACUAUGUACAUUUACCAAAGAGAAGAAAGUACUUUAUUCAUUAAUUGCUCUGUAUUUCUACACCAAGUGGAUAUCUGUGAUAGUUAUAUUACUUAUAAUAUUUAAUAUUUAAUGUUACAUUGAUUAUUGUGUUGUAGCGUAUGAUCAUAACCAUUAUUCAUUUCGCCAAGCUUUGCCAUUGUCUAUAAUUCUUGAGGACGGUUGAUGUGAACUCUUUUACCAAAUUAUGUUGGAACCAGGGCCCCUUUUAAAACAAUGUGGGUCUGGUACCAAAUGAAUUUGCUCCCUAAAUGUAUUUACAGCAGGGUCAUUUGCGCCUACCUUUACCUAAAUUCACAUUUUCAUUUGGGAAAUGGUCGUAUUCCGGACAUAUGACAAAACCAUAAAUGCCUAUAGAUAGCAAAAAACUGCAAGGUUGAACAAAUGGUGGCAUAUUUGUUAGGUCUUGUACAUGUUUAAAAAUUAUAUGAAGUAUUAUCUUAACCAAAACCAAAAUUGUAUCAGAGGAAAUGUUUCUCUGCAAUCACAUAACGUCAUUUUAAAUGGAUAAUUUAUUUUUUUUUUUAAAUUGCCUUCAAAAGCAAUGUUCAACCACUUUAACUUUAACUUGAUAAUAUGGAUGUAUAUGAAAUUGUUGAAAAAUCUUUUAAGUAUAUUCCAAUCUGGUAUGUUUAAACAACUUUCCAAUUUUGACCCCUGUGAAUGAAAGAAAUACAAGGGAAAUUGAUUCAAAGUUGUUAAUAAAAAAAAUAUAUGGUACAGUAAGUUUAACUAAUUGCUGGUUAUUUUGAUUUUCUACUAUGAAACCAUUUUAAUUUCUAUUACAUGAAGAAUCAAUAGGUACUGAAUUUUGGAAACAAUGGAUCCUUUCAAAAUACAUUUUGAUCAAAUUGGAUAUUUAUUUUAAUAAGGUAGGACAAUGAAUAACAUUUAACCAGUAAAUUGAUUUUACGAUAUAAACGGCAUUUUUUUCUAAAAUAAAAAUGUUAGUGCUAGUGUAAAAUUGCAGCUUUGAUUAUGGUCAUCCAUUUCGUUUGAGAUUUUGCAGUUGCAAAAAAAUAUUGGUCAUUAUACUAUUAGUUUUAAAUGUUGUUUAAUGGCUUUAUAUCAAUUUCUUCAUUGUAUUAGCAUGCUGCUAGAAAAAGGAGAAAACUUCACCUUAAACUCGAGGAAAAUUUAUCCACAUUUUUAACUUUACAAUGAUGAUUUUUGAAAGCAUAUUGAAAAUUCAACUUCCACAAUUAUGAAAUUUCCAUAAUUGUAUAGCACCAAAAUGGAUAUAAUUAUUAUGUAUAGCUUAAUAAAUACCAUUAUGACCAACAUUUGGAAAUGUAUUGAUAUAAUUGAGAGUAAAAAAUAAACGGAUCUAUCUAACUCACUUUAGAGUAGGCAUUCAGUUCAUAUAUAUGAACUUGUGAUGAUCAUGGUAUUAUUGAUGACAAUAAUAAUAAUGAUUUUAUCUACGACUUCAUACGACGAAUAUGAGAAAGUAGAAAAUGACGAAUUUACUUUCCUAUUAGAAUGUACAAAACAUAACUAAUAAUUCUUGUUGAAACUUGAACACUUGACUUUCGUGAGACGAGUAAUAUAGUACUGGUGAUUUAUCAAUGUUAAGCGUUAGAUUUGAUCGCUACCUGAUACAGAUGGAUUCGAUAAUCGAUAUAACGAAUGGAGCGAUCUUUCUUUUCUUUGUUUAAACAAAUGUAUUUUAGAAGAAUGAGAGGGAGAUGUCUCAUCUUAAAUUUCAAUAACUGCAGCAGCAGAUAACAGAACUUUGCCUAUAUACUUGUAUAUUUGAACUUUUAACUGAUUAUUUUACCAAACACUACAAAUUUUGGGGGGAAUUCAAUCUUAUGAAAAUACCGAAUAAGUUAUUAUCUGUAAAUAGAUCCCUAUUUAAUCGGCCCGUUUCACUAAGUGUGCAAUGUCAAGAAAAGUAAUAUUAAUUUUUUACAAUGAUAUUUUUUGUAUCUGUGAUUAUAUUUUUCUAUGUAUUUGUUAUAUAUACUGCUGUAUCUGUUUUCAUAUUUUCUAGUUCUGUUUUCAAUAAAUAUUUUCUUAAAAUUA